UGUGACCUCUGACCCAGUGGCGUGUCUCCCACAAUUCACACGGUACUGUUAUAUUAUCGCGAGAGGUCGCACCGCUCCUCACUACGUAAUGUGCCGUGCUGCUUAUGGCGGCGCUGGUGACAGUGCUGAAAGCUGUUGGGUAUGAAGUGUAACCGAAUUGAUUUUUGUACCAUCUGAAACCUACUUCAAGUUCAGAUCAUCGAUCGGUCAGAAGAAACGUCAAGGAAAAAGAAAACUUAACGAACAUCCCCAAAACGACCCAGCGGUAUAACAACUCUGAAGACGAGACGAGACCAAGACGAAGAACUGCACUGCUGCAAACGGGAAAAAAAAACUAAAGCAACACGACACAACCAAAUGAGCAAACCAAAGAUUUAAGAAACAGAACCAGGCCGCAACGAGCGUAGCAACCAACCAUCAACGUUAACAGCAAAGGCGAGACCUGAUCUGAGACAAGAAGUUUGUGCCUACUCAACAGCUUUGAAAAAGCACACGUCCCAACGCUGCACCAAGCCCUCCUCAUCCUCCCCGCACCUCGUCCUCCUCUGGGGUGCGGAGAGGGCUGCUGUCUGCUAGUCUUUUCAGUUUGACCUUUUUCUUUGUCAAUUGCAGACCGAAUCCCUGAUCUUUUUUCCCCCCCUUCGUUUCCCCAGUCUUUCUCUUGUAUUUCUGUUCGCUAUUUUUCAAAAGCAGUGUUCGUACACCUGCACUUGCCUUUUUAUUUGUAUUUUUUUUUUUUUUUUUUUUUUGCUUUUCGUUCUUUAUUUUUGCAACUUUUUCUAACUAGAACGUGUGCCAGAGAGGCGAACCUUACAAGUGUGUGUGUGCGUGUGCGCUUGUGUGAGCCAAAUCUGAAGCAUCGAUUAAGUGAUUGAUUGGUCCAAAUCAUUACAGCCUUCCAAGACAACAGAACAAGAAAUCCUGAGGUGUUUUGUUGGGUGUGUAACCAAAAGGAGAGGGGAGAGGGAAGGGAGGAGCUGCAACACAACGGCUGGCUUAAAAAUAAAAUCUUUACUCAGAACACUGCUUAAUCCGAUCAAUCCCAGGUGUAGUAGAUUUGGCCACCGUGUAUGGGAGAAUUAUGGGUAGUCCCUGGAAAGGUUUUGUCGAGUUUACCUUGCCGGCGUCGCCACCUGCAGCGUUCGUUAGCGCUGACCUGAACAGCACCUCACCCGUCGGGCUCAGCCUGUCACCCUACGGCCGAUCUAUGAGUUUUGACCCCAGUCUGCUGCAUAAUAAUGGCCAUGGUGGCUUUGCCAAUGGAACUGGCAUGGGAAUUCGUGAGACGGGAGUGGUUGAAAAGCUACUAGCAUCAUACGGCUUCAUUCAGUGUUCUGAGAGGCAGGCCCGCCUCUUCUUUCACUGCUCUCAGUACAACGGCAACCUGCAAGAGCUAAAGAUAGGAGAUGAUGUGGAGUUUGAGGUGUCGUCUGAUAGACGCACUGGCAAACCAAUUGCUGUGAAGCUAGUAAAAAUCAAGGCAGAAAUGUUGCCAGAAGAGCGAAUCUCUGGGCAGGUGGGGCCUGACUUGCACGCCUCUCCUUUAACUGUGCUGCAUGGUUUUAUUCAUCCAGUAGUGUCAGCUAUCCCUUCUCACUUGGAUGGGAAGUCUGCACCUGGCCAAGUGCCCACAGGCAGUGUGUGUUACGAAAGGAAUGGAGAAGUGUUUUAUUUGACCUACACCCCUGAGGAUGUUGAAGGCAACGUCACUUUAGAUACUGGAGAUAAAGUUAGUUUUUACAUGGAGACUAACAAGCAUACUGGUGCUGUUAGUGCUCACAACAUUGUAUUGGUAAAGAAGAAACAGUCAAGAUGUCAGGGAGUUGUUUGUGCUACCAAGGAGGCCUUUGGAUUCAUUGAACGAGGGGAUGUUGUGAAGGAGAUCUUCUUUCACUACAGUGAGUUUAAAGGAGAUCUAGAGGCUCUACAAGCUGGAGAUGAUGUGGAAUUCACCAUUAAAGAAAGAAACGGCAAGGAAGUGGCCACAGAUGUGAGACUGUUGCCCCAAGGCACUGUUAUAUUUGAGGACAUCAGUAUUGAGACUUUCGAGGGCACUGUCACCAAGGUUAUUCCCAAGGUCCCCACUAAGAAUCAGAACGACCCGCUGCCUGGGCGAAUCAGUGCCAGAAUUAAUUUCACUGACAAAGAGCUGCUAUUCGGGGAGAAGGACACCAAGUCCAAAGUGACGCUGCUGGAGGGCGACCACGUCCAAUUCAAUAUAUCCACUGACCGUCGGGACAAACUGGAGAGAGCAACAAAUAUUGACAUUCUCCCUGACACCUUCCAUUUCACAAAGGAGACCCGAGAAAUGGGUGUGAUAGCUGCCAUGCGUGAUGGUUUUGGAUUCAUCAAAUGUGUGGACCGUGAUGCCCGAAUGUUCUUCCAUUUCAGUGAGGUUCUAGAAGAGAGCCAACUGCACAUUUCUGAUGAAGUGGAAUUCACUGUUGUCCCUGACAUGCUCUCAGCCCAAAGGAACCAUGCCGUGCGGAUCAAGAAGCUGCCGAAGGGCACGGUGUCAUUCCACACUCAAUCUGAGCUUCGUUUUAUGGGGGUGGUGGAGAAGGAAGCUGUGCCUGCUACCACUAAUAAGAACUCCAGUCCCAGCAAGGGCAAAGAGAAGAAAAAAGACAAGGGAAAAGUUGAAAAGGAUGCAGAGGAAGGCUUGAUUGCGUAUGAAGACAGUGGAGUAAAGAGCACGCUUCCCUACUAUAUUAAAGACCUAGAGGGUUGUGCCUACCCACAGGUUGGAGACAAGGUGGAGUUCUCCAUCAGUGAGGUGAAACGUACCGGACAACAAAGCGCUGUGUCCCUCAAGGUCCUUAAUCGUGCUGUUGGCACCAAGAGACUUCUGGGAUACAUAGCAACACUGAAGGACAACUUCGGCUUCAUAGAAACAGCCAACCACGAUCAGGAGAUUUUCUUUCACUACAGUGAGGUGUGUGGGGAUGUGGAUAACAUGGACCUGGGGGAUACAGUGGAGUACACACUAUCCAAAGGCAAAGGAAACAAAAUCAGUGCUGAGAAGGUCACCAAAGUUGCAGCUGUGAAUGGCGUAGGAGAGGAUGUGAGUAAUACAGUAUUCCUGGGGAGAGUGGUUCGGCCAUUACGCAGUGUGGACCCUUCUCAGACUGAUUAUCAAGGCCUUAUUGAGAUUACAGAGGAAGGAGCCAAUAAGGGUCAGAACUAUCCAUUCGGCAUUGUUGGUAUGGCCAAUAAAGGUGACUGUCUGCAAAAGGGUGAGAUGGUGAAGUUUCAGUCAUGCACAGUGACCCAGACAGGACAAAAGAUGGCCUGCAAUAUUGUGCCUCAGCGUAGAGCCCUGGUGGAGUGCGUCAAAGAUCAGUUUGGUUUCAUCACAUAUGAAGUUGGAGAGAGCAAGAAGCUGUUUUUCCAUGUCAAGGAGGUGCAGGAUGGUCUGGAGCUCCAGGCUGGUGAUGAAGUGGAGUUUUCAGUUAUCCUGAACCAACGCACGGGCAAAUGCAGUGCCUGCAAUGUUCGCAGAGUCAGUGAGGGUCCAAAACCAGUAGCAACACCUCGACCUGACAGACUGGUUAAUCGUUUGAAGAGCAUCACUCUCGAUGACACCAACGCUCCCCGUCUUGUUAUUAUCAGGCAGCCUCGUGGCCCAGACAAUUCGAAGGGCUUCAAUGUAGAGAGGAAAUCCCGCCAACCUGGUGUUACUGACUGAGUACUGUUUACCCCUCUCUUCCUCCUCCUCCUCCUCCUCCUCACAAUGGAAGAAACACCUUGAAGAAAAGCAAUCAGGCAGAGGGCAGAGGAAGGGAUUUGUGUGUCGGUUUAGCUCACUCUCAUUUUAUCUCUCACCCAUAAACACAAUUCACAGAGUAACAAACAUCACGCAUCAAGACUUGAAAAUUAGCACACACAAUUUCCUUCCUUUUUGUGACAGGAUCCCUUGCAAAAAAAAAAGAAAUCCUCAUCUCAUUGUAUGCGUGAUGUUUUUGUGUGGUUGUAUUUUGAGCAAAACCCCUCGUGUUGUAUGAGUGAGUGAGUGUGUGUGUGUGUGUGUGGUAUGCAUCACAUGUAAACUUGUAAGGUUAUGCAGAGGAUAUGAGGGGAAAUAAGGGGCUUGUAGUUUCCACAUCUUUAGAUUGAGAUGUGGGCACUAUUUUGACCCGUUUUUCAUUUCUGAUGAAACUGAAAUGCCAGGAAUUCUGCACCUGCUGCUGUGUGAGUGAGUUAUUGUUUUAGAGUAGCUUUGCCUGUCUGUAUUUUGCCCUUCGUUAUAUAUAUACUUUAUUCUUCCUGUAUCACUUGAAUUCUUCCUAUGUUAAGUUUCUCACCCAGGUCAAAUCAAGAUAUUGCUGGGCUCUUUCUGCUGAGAAAUAAAAUGGAUUUGAGGUUCUUUUCACUCACGUUUUCCAUACCGAUUCCCUAGGUUUUUAACAUGGAUCUGAAACCUUAAUAAAUUUACUCUCCGCUCAGAACUCGCUUGUGUAUGGUUUUUGAUGUGUAAGUGACUAUUUGAUUUAUUUUUUUAAUUAAAUUGGCUUGUGAUCUAUUUAAAGAGCCUUUAUUUUAAUUCCUGUUUCAAUUUUCAUAAGCUCUGUUUAUGGGCAAGUGCAGAAUUCCUAAUGGCAUCUUGUAGCCUGCGGUCCUUUUUUUAUAUAGCUUUUUCUUUGCACAUGUACUUUUCUUUUUCCUUUUUGAGUUCUACUUAAUGUCUGCUAAUGAAUAAAUUAAUAAAGAAAAAGGUGCCUAAAAACAUAAAAAAUUAAAAGGAAAAAAAAAUUGGUGUCUAUCCUCGAACGGCCACCAAAAUAUAAGAGCAAUUGUAGGGUGGCUCUUUUUUUUUUUUUUUUUUUUUUUUUUUUUUCUCUCUCUCCCCCCAAGUAGAGAAUACUGGUGUGCAUCCCCCCAUACCUGUGGGUUGACAUAUACUCUAUGUAAUGUGUGCUUUUACUUGGGUGGACUUUUUGAAAACCUGAAUAAAACAAGCAAAUGUAUGCAGGCCAUGAAAAAUGGGGGAAGUGUAAUGAUUAAAAUUUAAAAACGUGCAAAGAAAUUUGAUUAUGUGGAUGGAGGCUAUUUGCAGUGCUUCUUAUGACAAAUGGAGCUAUUACUGUCAUGAAUAUUCUCUGGAGCACCCUGGGUUUGUGUUGAACCUUAAGGUUCUCCUAUAUACUUUUGUUAAUGGUCUUGAAUGAAACAAUUGAAAUAAACAUUUUAUGAGAAUCAAA